UUAGGGAGAAUCUGUAUCUAUCUAUCUGUAUGUAUCAAUGGAGGAUUGAGCUUUAAGAAAUACACACAUGAGGAGGAGGAUGAGUGAUCAAGUAGAAGUAAUGCAACGCUAAUCUCGCUCUCUCUCUCUCUCUCUCUCUGUAUGUGUAUCAGUCAGCAUGUGACCAUCUUCUCUCUCUCAAUUUUUAUCUGCCGACAAGUUUUACUGUUCAAAGAAAGCCAUGGAUAUAGCUGGAUGAAUCUCGAUUUCUCUAUCUCUUUCAUACCAGUCCAAGUCCAAUUCAGUUAGCUGCGAUAACGUACUGAAAAGUUUCUGAUCUUCUGCAAUGAAGGUCAAAUCAAGUGGAACAGCGGCGGUUUUAUUCCCACCUCUCGUUACUUUUGAGCAAAAGAGGGAUGCUUAUGGUUUUGCUGUGAGACCUCAACAUGUACAAAGAUACCGUGAAUAUGCUACUAUAUACAAGGAGGAGGAGGAGGAACGGUCAGACAGGUGGGGGAACUUUUUGGAGAGACAAGAAGAUCCUGCUACUGGAUUACAAGAAGGCAAAGUUCAAAAUGCUGUAGAGCAGGUAGCCUCUAUGCAGACAAAAGGUACCAACAUGGAGAAGGGUGUUGAAGCAAAUGGUAUAUGCGAGAAGAAAACAUCUGACGGUGAACUGGUUGAAGAUGUAUCCAAGGCAGAUAUGAAAACACACAGGGUUCAAAUUUGGACUGAUAUUAGACCAUCCCUUCUUACUAUUGAGGAUAUAAUGAGUGUUCGUGUAAAAAAGAUUAAUAUAGCUAAUGAAGAGCAACAUAACGUGUUUGAGAAUCCACUUCCACCUAUUUCAGAGGCUAAAUCAAUGAAGGGAGCUUCUGAAGAGGACUCUGAAGAUGAAUUCUAUGAUGUGGAGAAAUCAGAUUCAAAUCAGGAUUCACCAUCAAGUGAUAGUUUAUAUGCCCGUUCUCAAGGUGCUGCUGAUGGUUUUCAUUCUCCACAAUAUUUAUCUCCAUGGAGAGAAGAGUUAGAAUGUCUUAUUCAAGGGGGUGUUCCCAUGUCUCUUAGGGGAGAGCUUUGGCAAACAUUUGUGGGGGUGAAAACUCGUAGGGUAGAGAAGUAUUAUCAGGAUUUGUUGGUUCCAGAAAGUAAACCAAUCAAUUGUGUAGAGCAUGCAGAGGCAGAUCAUGACAAGAUGUCUACCAUAGAGUCCACACCAAUGCCUGAAAAAUGGAAGUGCCAGAUUGAGAAGGAUUUGCCUCGAACUUUCCCAGGCCAUCCCGCUCUUGACGAGGACGGUAGAAAUGCUCUAAGACGUUUACUUACAGCAUAUGCUCGACAUAAUCCUUCUGUUGGAUAUUGCCAGGCCAUGAAUUUUUUUGCUGGCUUACUACUUCUUCUCAUGCCCGAGGAAAAUGCUUUUUGGACUUUAAUGGGCAUUAUAGAUGAUUAUUUUGAAGGUUAUUAUUCAGAGGAAAUGAUAGAAUCUCAGGUUGAUCAGCUUGUCUUGGAGGAGUUGGUGCGUGAAAGGUUUCCAAAAUUGGUUCAUCAUCUUGAUUACCUUGGCGUCCAAAUUGCAUGGGUUACUGGACCAUGGUUUCUGUCCAUCUUUAUGAACGUGCUCCCAUGGGAAUGUGUGCUUAGAAUUUGGGAUGUGCUUCUCUUUGAGGGAAACCGUGUCAUACUAUUUAGAAUUACACUUGCUCUGAUGGAGUUAUACGGACCAGCGCUUGUUACAACCAAGGAUGCAGGGGAUGCAGUAACCUUGCUGCAAUCAAUGGCCGGCUCCACAUUUGAUAGUAGCCAACUUGUUCUGACAGCUUGUAUGGGUUACCAAAAUGUUAAUGAAUCAAGAUUAAAUGAAUUGAGAAACAACCACAGGCCAGCAGUUAGAGCUACUCUGGAGGAAAGAUCUAAAGGACUUCAAGCAUGGAGAGAUUCCCAGGGUUUGGCAUCGAAGUUAUAUAGCUUCAAGCAUAAUCCAGGAUCACUGAUGAUAGAAACCAAGGAAACAGAUUUGUUGAGUGACAAAGACACAAGUGGCAUAAAUCAUACUGUGACAGGCAAUUCAGACAUAAACUCUGUUCCAGAUCUUCAAGAGCAGGUGAUGUCAUUGAAGAUUGAAUUACACAAGUUUCUAGAGGAGAAGCGAUCUGCGGUUCUCAGAGCCGAGGAGUUGGAGACAGCACUGAUGGAGAUGGUGAAGCAAGAUAAUCGACGACAACUCAGUGCUAAGGUUGAAUUGUUGGAGAGAGAGGUUGUUGCACUCCGUCAGGCCCUAGUGGAUAAGCAGGAGCAGGAAAAUGCCAUGCUUCAGGUAUUGAUGCGUGUUGAACAAGAACAAAGAGUAACAGAGGAUGCACGGAUAUAUGCAGAGCAAGAAGCCACGUCUCAAAAAUAUGCUGCUCAAGUGCUUCAGGAAAAAUAUGAAGAAGUGACUGCUAGACUUAGUGAAAUGGAAGAGCGCGUGGUAAUGGCAGAAUCCAUGUUAGAGGCUACAUUACAGUACCAAUCUGGCCAAAGCAAAGCUCUGCCUUCCCCACGAUCGAUGCAGCAAGAAACAUCUACGAUUCGCAGCAGUCAAGAGUUUGAGCCAGUGAGAAAGAUAAGCCUGCUGUCUAGACCGUUUGGACUUAGCUGGCGUGACAAGACCAAGGAAAAGGCCACUGAUAAUGCUGAAGACUUGCCCGAAGGCGAAAGCUCGAGUCCGGUUAUUACCCAGAAGAAGAAAGUGGACAGUAAUGAUGUUCAAGCCAAUGAGUAGCAAAAGCGAAAGGGGUUUGUUUCUUUGUUUGUUUGUCCACCACCAUUAUUAUUAUAUAUAUAUAUAUGAUAUAUUAAGUAAACUCUGCAACAUAAGUAAUACAUCUUUUAUAGAUAUGAAGGUAAUUGUUAAGAAGAAUCAAUAAUGUGAAAUGAACAAUGUAAAGCAGGAAUGGAUGAUUCAUUGAUUGAUAUAAAUAUUUCUAAUAUACAUGCAUGUUUGAUCAA